AUGGCUAGCCUGCUAAUCCCUGACGAAGCCUUAGUAAACAUCAAGGACCAAAUCAUUCUGAUUACAGGCGGCUCCUCGGGCAUCGGCAAAGGGACGGUUGAGCUAGGUCUUCAACUGGGAGCAAAAGUCGUCAUCGGAGACCUCAACCCCCCUCCAUCUGACUUGUCGAGCAAUGAGAACCUGAAGUUCGUCACCGCGGACACCAGCUCCUGGGACAGUCUGCGAAACCUGUUCAAUGAAGCUGUGAAAGCAUUUGGUCGAAUAGACCACGUUUUCGCCAACGCCGGGAUUGCCCCGAGGACGAAUUUUCUGGAGGAAUCGCUCGAUGAAAACGGCGAGCUCGCUCCCCCCGACAUGAAGGUGCUCAACGUGAACCUUAAUGGAGCGAUAUACACGGCCAGGCUGGCUGUUCACUAUUUCAGGAAGUUUGCAGGAGAGCACAACGGGGUCGUCACCGGAAGUAUUGUCUUCACGGCUUCCGCGUCGUCAUUCCAGACCUUUGGCGCUCCUGAUUAUGCCACGGCCAAGCAUGCUGUCCUGGGCCUUAUGCGUAGCUUAGUUGCCCAACUACCCGGGAAUGUUCGGGUAAACGCAAUUGCACCGUCGUGGACGUCAAGUGGUCUUGUUUCUCCCGAGUUCCUUGCGUCGUUGGGUGUGGUUACGCAAGAUCCGGAGGUCGUGGCGAGAAGUGUGGCGCUUCUUUUUGCUGAGUCGGAAAGGAAUGGCCAUCUAAUUUACAGUUGGGAGGGUAAAUAUAAGGAGAUUGACCAGGCAGAGGGAGGACUCCUCAGUGCUGUAAAACAUAUUCUUGGCAAUCCUAUUAGUGAGGAUGAAGUCCUCCGGAGAAUGGAGGGAAAAGCGAGCACCGGGAAAUAA